AUGUCAACAUCAGAGAACACAACAACUGCUAUCGUUCAUGAAGCCAUUAAUGAAGAAUACGAGUACAUACAGUAUAACAAACAGUUACGUCUCAUUCGUUCAGUCAAAGAUGACAUGUACCAAAUGCAAAGUAUAAUGAAUGCUCUUCGUUCUACAAAGCAAGCAUAUCAUUGGUUUGAAAACCAACAGACAAAAGAACUUUUAGAAGAAUUUCCUCAUAUGAUUGCUUCCCUCGGAAAACCGAGAGAAGAGAUUCCGUACGAAAAUCGCAAGAAUUUGGCUCCUGGUUUGAAAGGUUAUUAUGUUCAUAGACUUUUAGUAAAUGCUGUAGCAAUGUGGGCUUCACCUCGUUAUGCUUGUUAUAUUUUCAUGAUGUUAGAUGAACUAUAUAAAGCAGAACGUGGAGAGAUGGAAAAGAAACUUCAAGCAAAAGAUGAAGUCAUUGAAUCCAAAGACAAAAGCAUACAGAAAAGAAUACCGCGUUCAGUACCAAAAGGAAAGGAAAAGAGUUAUAAGUAUAUGAUAUAUACUGAAGAG